GUGGUUGGGCUGACGGUGGAAGGGCAGGCGAGCACGAUGGCACUGCGGUUCGAGGCAUCAUACCCAGAGGGGCUGUGUCCUGGUUGGAGCGUGAUCGUUAAAGGCGAAACAAGCUCCAAUGCAAAUAUGUUUGAAAUUAAUUUCCUCUGCAAUGCAGGAGACCAAAUUGCUUUCCACUUUAACCCUCGCUUCUCGGACUCCAGAAUUGUCUGCAACUCCUUCCUAUCCAACCGCUGGGGGCCGGAAGAAGUAACUGAUACCUUUCCUCUUAAAGAAAAGGAACCUUUCCAGAUUGAAAUCUACUCUGACCCAGACUAUUUCCACGUUUCCAUUGAUGAAAACAAAAUCCUCCAAUACAAGCAUCGGCAGAAACAGCUCUCAGCUAUCACCAAACUACAGGUUGUGAAGGAUGUCAGAAUUUCUUCCAUGGAAAUCACUAAACGAGGUCUUUAUUAGUGAGCAAAGCUGGGAUAGGCUCUCCAGCCUUAAGAACCCUAUCCCAGUAGGCAGCUAAUGGCUCUCUCUCUGCCCUCUGCCACCCAUCAUCUCCUGUCUUCCGCAGGAAGGAUGUGCUGGAAAACGCAAUAGUGGAGUUGUCAUGCCCUUGGUGUUCUGUAUCUUAGCAAUACAAAGGCAAUACACAACGAGCUAGUUAAUGUCAGAUGAUCCAGAUCCUUAGAGUCAUUCUGGCGCCAUGUGCCUUUGAAUGGAGAACUGGAAGUCUAGACAUUUUCAUCCUUGUUUGUUGCUACCAACAGUGGAUUUCCACACAGCAGUUUGUUCAGUGGGGAACUCUGCAAUAGGGUCUGAAUUGGCUCCACUUCUCAGCGGGGUAGAUCGAGGUGAUGGGUAAGAAUGAUGCGAGUGGAGGGGGGCAUGUGCCUACUGGAGCUUGGUAGAAUGUAAACAUGAUCACCAAUAAAAUAUGAAAAAUGA